AUGAGCAACAACGUUCAAUCCAACAAUCUCCCUCUUUCUGGCGUUGCCCGAGAUGGCUGGUCAACCGAGACCGAAGCCACAGCCACCUGCUUCUGCGGAGCUGUGCAAGUGGUAGUUCCCAUUGUAGCUCCAGGCCUGGUCAACACCUUUGUCUGCAACUGCUUCGACUGCCGCAAAGUCACCGCGUCCAUGUUCGCCUCCAACUUCACCAUCGACAACUCCUACCUCAAGUUUGUUCGUGGCGAGGACAACCUCACUCGCUGGGGCAACAACAAGACGCCCACUUCUAGAACCGAAAUGACCAACGGCUUUUGCAAGACCUGCGGCACGCUCAUGUACCGCAGGAGCGAGGUUUUCCCCAACCAGAGCUACAUGAGAAUCGGCACCGUUGACGACUUCAACCUGCACGAAACCAAGCUCAAGCCCGAGGUCGAAAUCUUCACUGAUAACCGUGUGGGCUGGUGGCACGGAGUGGAUGGAGCCAAGGCCAUAUCAGGUGCUCUCACGAGUGCCUCCAAGUGA